CUCCGUCUGGCUGGACCGCGCGUGCGCGGGGUCGGCGCCCUGGUCUGGAACAUGGCGGCGCGGCCGUUGUGGGCGGUGCAGCGGCUGCAGCGCCUCCUGGCCUCCGGGACCGUGUCGCAGAGCCGGGGAUGGCUCCACCCAUUCAGCACUGCCACCCCAAGAACGGCUGGGGAAGACUGCAGUUCUGAGGACCCUCCUGAUGUACUCGGUCCCUCCCUUGCUGAACAAGCCUUAAGGCUAAAAGCUGUUAAACUGGAAAAAGAAGUCCAAGAUUUAACACUAAGAUACCAGAGAGCUGUUGCUGAUUCUGAAAACAUAAGGAGACGAACCCAAAGAUGUGUGGAAGAUGCCAAGAUAUUUGGAAUCCAAAGCUUCUGUAAGGACUUGGUGGAGGUGGCAGACAUUUUGGAGAAGACUGCUGAGUGCUUUUCAGAAGGAGCCAAACCCGAGGACCACAAACUUACUCUGGAAAAAGUCUUUCAAGGACUGUCUCUUUUAGAAGCAAAGCUGAAAAGUGUGUUUGCCAAGCAUGGCCUAGAGAAAAUGACGCCCAUUGGUGACAAAUACGACCCUCAUGAGCAUGAACUCAUCUGUCACAUGCCAGCAGGUGUUGGGGUACAGCCUGGCACUGUGGCAUUAGUACGACAAGAUGGCUACAAACUUCAUGGCCGCACCAUUAGACUUGCCCAAGUGGAAGUGGCCGUGGAGUCGCAGAGAAGGCUAUGAACGAGCCACCGGGAACUAAAACUCUCUCUCCCAGGGUCCUGGCCCCUCUGUCCCCUUAUUUAUUAAGCUGGUUUGUAUUAUACAUGAGGUCCUUCGUGUGCUCUGCUUUGGAUUUAGUCAUAUUGGCUUUAUCUCUACAGUAUCUUAUAUUGGUUUUAUGUGACCUGUUUGGGCUCAUCUGGAAGUCCUGCCACUGGGCAUCUGAACAAUGUGAUGAGUGUCCUGUGGCCUUUAUCAAAAUGUUUACAAAAAUCAUUUAAAUUGGUACUCUGAUGACUGAAUCCAAAAUCCCUUAACUGUGUUUUCAACUAAUGACUGGAAUUAGUGUAGCAGCAUCUUGGGUCUUGUGUCUUAUGGGAAAGGGAGAUGGUAGGGAUUGGUUUGACAUUUAGUACUUAGAUGACAAAGCUUUACCUUGUAUAAAUUUAGAUCAGUUGGGUUGACUUCUACAGAGAUUUUUCAAGGCUGCUUUUCUAUUUCAUUUUUCAUUUAGUCAUCUUUUGUACUUGUAUUCCCUGCUAGGGGCACACUUAAAUUGUUCCAUAGCCACCCCUUUCUGGUCCCAUUUGGAAGGGCUAAAGAGUCGGACCAGUCUUCCUUUUUUUUUUUCUUGUUGGUAAGGUGUACUCGUUUAUUAAAUUGGUCUCAAGUCUAUGAACAGGUAAGCUCUGGCUGCCUCGACAACACAACCCACUCCCAGGGAGACCAAAAGCCUCCUUACAUCUCAAGUUAGAGAGUCAGGCAUGGGGGGCCAGGCAUAGUGGCUGACCAUUCAAAAUGGAAAGCAGAGGGUUAGGGUGGAUGACUUUUUGGAGUACAUAAUUUACACAAAAGCGGUGCUGCUUCCUCCCUUGCAUGCA